UGAGCCCUGUGGGUUUGAGUCCACAUACCUGGAAUUGGCAAGUGCAGUGAAAGAAGAGUACCCAGAUAUAGAAAUUGAAUCCAGGCUCGGGGGGAAAGGUACCUUUGAAAUUGAAAUCAAUGGGCAGCUUGUCUUCUCCAAACUAGAGAAUGGUGGCUUUCCUUAUGAGAAGGAUCUCAUUGAAGCAAUAAGAAGAGCCAGAAAUGGGGAACCGCUAGAAAAAAUCACCAACAGCCGUCCCCCCUGUGUCAUCCUGUAGCCCCGGCAGCACCCUCCUCGUCACUACAGGCCUUCUGUUCUGAUCACCUUCAACUCU